GUUUUAAUCCAAAAACCAAAAUUUCUCUUUUUCCGAAAUAAUUAAAAAAAAAAAAAGAAGAAGCCAAUUUUGUAAAACCAACAAUAUAGCUUGCAUUAAAACAAUUUAUUAUUAUUAUUUUUUCAGAAUCAGUAUUUUAGAAAAGCAAUCAAAGCAAUGGUUGAUGAGCGUUUUCAAUCCAGAAAAUGCAUUUUGAAGUUUUUGGCUUUGGUUUUGUUUGCCUUUUUGCUUCAUGUUUCAACCGUGGAGGCCGCUAAGAUUCGGCGUUUCAAAUGGGAGGCCAAGUAUGAGCACAAGUCUCCUGAUUGUUUCAAGAAACUUGUUAUCACCAUUAAUGGCAGAAGCCCAGGACCCACAAUAUCUGCUCACCAGGGUGACACAAUUAUAGUAGAGCUCAAGAACAGUUUGCUCACAGAAAACCUUGCAAUCCAUUGGCAUGGAAUUCGACAGAUUGGAACACCAUGGAGUGAUGGAACAGAAGGUGUGAGUCAGUGCCCAAUAAUGCCUGGAGAAACUUUCACAUAUAAGUUUGUCGUUGACAGGCCUGGAACAUAUCUAUACCAUGCACAUUAUGGUAUGCAACGAGAUUCAGGGAUCUAUGGAUCAAUCAGAGUAUCACUACCCGAUGGAGAAUCCGAACCCUAUGCUUAUGAUUAUGACCGAAGCAUAAUACUCACCGAUUGGUACCACAAAAGCUUUCAUGAUUUAGCCACUGGAUUAUCUUCCAUUCCCUUUGUUUGGGUUAAAGAGCCUCAGUCACUUUUGAUACAAGGAAAAGGAAAAUUCAAUUGCUCUCUAAGCUUAGGAACCGAUGUCUGCAAUGCAACAAAUCCCGAAUGCUCACCUUAUGGACUAAUAGUGAUUCCAGGAAAGACUUACAGACUUAGGAUCGGUAGCUUGACCAGUCUUUCAGCACUCAGUUUCCAAAUUGAGGGACAUAAUAUGACAGUGGUUGAAGCAGAUGGGCACAAUGUGGAGCCAUUUGUGGUGAAAAACCUAUUCCUAUACUCCGGCGAGACCUACUCUGUUCUAAUAACAGCCGACCAAGACCCAUCAAGAAACUACUGGAUCACAACCAAUGUGGUCGGCCGGUCACCAAACACCACCGACGGCUUGGCCAUUCUCAAUUACUAUCCAAACCAUCCUAAAAGAUCUCCACCUACACCACCACCAACCGGACCUUCUUGGAAUAACACAUCCCUCCGAGUGGCUCAGAGUCUUGCAAUCAAGGCUCGUCAAGGUUAUAUCAAAACACCUCCCCAGACCUCAGAUAGGAUGAUCGUUUUUCUCAAUACCCAGAACGAAAUCAAUGGUAUUCGACGUUGGUCUGUGAACAAUGUCUCUUUCACUCAUCCCCAUACACCUUAUCUCAUCUCGGUCAAACACAAUUUAACCCAAGAAUUCGAUCAGACCCCACCUCCAAAUGGAUACGACAUCGUGAAUUAUGACAUCUAUAAAAAACCAACCAACAGCAAUGCUACAUCUAGCAAUGCUAUUUACAGGCUCGACUUCAAUUCGACAGUGGAUGUUAUACUACAAAAUGCAAAUACAAUGGUUACAGAUAACAGUGAGACACAUCCUUGGCAUCUUCAUGGCCAUGAUUUUUGGGUGCUUGGUUAUGGGGAUGGGAAGUUCGACAUCUACAAAGACCCAAAGAAGUACAAUUUGGUGAACCCAAUUAUGAAGAAUACUGUGCCCGUUCAUCCUUACGGUUGGACAGCCUUGAGGUUCAAGGCUGAUAAUCCGGGUGUUUGGGCCUUCCAUUGCCAUAUCGAAUCUCAUUUCUAUAUGGGUAUGGGAGUGGUUUUUGAAGAAGGGAUAGAAAGGGUGGGAGUUUUGCCCAAGUCUAUCAUGGGGUGCGGUGCAGUCAAAGGAGGAUUGCCUAAGCCAUAGUCUCUGUUAUUUAUUUAUUUAUUUAUUUUUAUUACAUAUUAUUUUUUCCGUGUAAAUUUAUUUUAUUUUAUGUUAUUUUUCUUUUUGUGGUUC